AUGGUCGGAUCAGCACAGCCCUUGGCGCCAGCCUUUACUCCGGUUCCGGUCCCUGUACCACCCCCUUCCAAGUCUGAGAUUCAGAGGAAGCUCUCACAGAAGGCAUCGGUCUCUCCAAGACUGGGUGAAUCACCCAAGAAGCCAAAGAAACCCAUCGCUACAGGACCUCCAAGUGCAUAUCACCCAUCGACCAUGUCAGGGAACGAAUCCGAUACAUCCUCAGUGACAUCGUCUGUCCCUCCCGCUAUGACCUCCCCGAAUCACCCAACCUCACCCAUUUUGACACCUGCGACUGGGAGUGUGGGAGGUCUCAGUGCUAUAGCAGAAAGGAAAGGUAGUCACGCUGGUAGUGCCGGUGGAUUUGAUGAUGAGAUGGAGUUGGAAGAUGUUGAAGAGGGUGAUGAAGAGGCGAGUGGUAGUGAUGAAGAGGGGCAAGAGGGGCAAGGGGAGUUGAAAAGAGGACUGGAGGGUGAAAGGGUUAUAAAGAGUGGUUUUUUGUAUAAGAAACAAGAGAGAAGAAAAGCAUGGAAGAAAAAGUGGUUUGUUCUCAGAACAGGAAAACUUGCAUAUUACAAAGAUAAUCGGGAAUAUUCUUUGAGUCGAGUGAUCGAUUUGGAUAACGUACAUACAGUCGCUCCUGUUCUGGUCAAGAAGCAUCCAUUCACAUUCGGAAUAGUCACAUCCAAACGGACUUUCCUUGCCAAGGCCAAUAGUCAAGAUGAGAUGGAUGAUUGGGUUCGAUCUAUCAACACUGUUCGUCGACGACUUAGUGAACAACGUGAAGAUGAAAGAACUAGACGAGAACGUGGAUCUUCAACCGCUACCGCUAUGUCUGUCACUCACAGUGAACAUCAACCACUUUCCACUCCAACUCUGAGUUCAUCUCCUACUACUCAUACUGGUGGAUACUUUAUCGCUCGUCAACCUAGUGCUUACUCGCCUCAACAAGUCCAAAGUGGUCAAUCAAUAUCAUUACAUUCUGUACCUCCACCUUCACCCGAAGCUACACGUUCGAUAUCUUCUCAAUUGGCAAGUUUAUCCAUUGGUCCUAGUCCUUCUAUGAGCGGUACUCUCGGUUCUCCUCGUCGACCAUCUGGAGGAUUUACCGGUGUACAAGGGAUAUCCAGAUCGGUUUCAGACACUCCUACUCGAGGAGAACCAUCCGCGAGUUCAUAUUCUUCCACUACUGGACCUUUAUCAGCUUCUCCACACAAAAUGCAGAUCCCAGCGGUUAGCUCAGAUGAGGAUGAUGGAGAACCUUAUUUUUCUGAUCCACAAGCUGCUUUUCCAAGUCAACUUCAAAGGGCUCAAUCUCAGAGUCCUCAACAAAUUCUUAGCCCGCCAAUGAGUCCGGUGGAUCCGAAUAAGAUUAUAUUGAAUUCGUAUCUUAUGAAACGGAGUAAAGGACGAGGUAGACGUAUGUGGCGGAAAAGAUGGUUUUACCUUACUUCGCAGGGUUUGACAUAUACGAAGUCUCACAUGGACCUCAAACCCCUUCGCUUUAUCCCCCUCUCAUCCGUCCUCGACGCACUGGAAACAUCAACCACACCAUCCGAUACUGAUACCGACACUGAUUCUCCCAUUCGACAAAAUACCUUUCGACGUCAAGGAGAAUCCAUCCGACGAUCAAGUAGAGAUAAAGUGAAAGGAGAAGAUGAUCAUAUGUUUCGAAUAAUCACAGCUAAAAGAACUUUCGUACUUUGUGCUCCUGGAGAAGAAGAUGAGAUUAAAUGGUUGGCUGCUUUUAGAGCUUUGUUAAAUCGAGAAAGAUCUUCUUUACCUUCUUCAGUUCCUCCAACUCAAUCUCAACAAUUCCAUAUUCAUCAUCAUCAAUCUCAUGAUCAACAUCAAAUUCAUGAUCAACAAACACAAACACAAACACAAUAUCAAAGUCCUAAACAAAUACAAAAUCAAAUGAUUGAAAGACAAGUACCUUUUAUCAUGGCUCAACCACCCACUCCUGCUGGUGUGGGAAGUAUGGAAGAGACUAUAAGUUCACCCACUACUCAAGGUCCACCAAUCAUGGAUCAUCAAGAGGGUAAGAUUGGUGGAGAGGUGGAUAGAGGUAGGGAAGAGAGAGUAGAGGGGAUAGGGGGUGAUACUGGAGUUACAGGACUUGGAAUGGGACAAUCAUCUUUGGUGUUAGGUAUGAGAGGGAGAAGUGCGACUUAUACAGCUAAGAGUGCAGUAGCAGAAGUGGUCAGACGAUUUCAUCCCGAACAUUCGAAUGCACAUGAAGGUCAGGUCUGA